AGUUUACCAAAAAGCGGCCGCAAGACUUCACUUUCUGCCAGCCACUGACGUCGCGAACUGACCCAGACUAACAGCAAAAACAACGCUAUGACAACGAUGGCAGCGGAUCGAAUGUUUAUUUUAAUUUCUUGCGCCGCAAUCAUCGUAACCGGGCUGGUGGCAGAAAGUGGCUGGGGAGCAUUCUGUUCCACCGAAGCAAAGGAAAUCGUUCGUCCUUCGCUGAAAGACGACUGUGAACGGGCGGCUGACAGUAUUGGGCUAUCUAUCACGCAACCAAAGAUGACGACCGCCAAUUUGUUGGCCUGUGAUUUCGAAGUUUUCGGUAUUGUGCAAGGUGUGUUCUUUCGUAAGUACACCCAGAAGCAGGCGUCCAGUCUGGGAGUGCGCGGUUGGUGCAUGAACACCGCCGAUGGCACCGUUAAGGGCCAGCUCGAGGGCGAAGAAAAACCAUUCAACGAAAUGAAAUACUGGCUCCAAACGAAAGGAAGCCCUUCAAGCCGCAUCGAUAAAACAGUGUUUAACGUACCGAAGGAGAUUACUAGUUACACAUUCAAAGAUUUCUCCAUUCGUCGUUGAAAUGGGUCGCAGCCAGUCAGUUUAAUUGACAAUUAAUUUAUUCACUUGUAGCAUAGAGGAAGGCACAAACGGUAAACGAAGGUUCCAAUGAUUUGUCGCCCUGAACGGGUUGAACGAUUUCCACUACGGAUUACACACCUAAUAAAUGCACUUGAGUGAACGAGGUUCAUUGUAAUGGAAGCCCCCACGAGACAACGAUGACCGGCGGCGCCCGCCUACUGCUUGUGGUCCUUGAGUGGAUAGUGAUCUUUGUGUUUCGCCACGUGUUCCUCCAUUUCUCGCAUUUGUUCCUUCAGAUGUACCGGCAUCUCUUGAUAUACGUCCUGGAACAGUUCGCGCCAAUCCGGUUUCGGAAUGCGUUCCGAUUGGUUUAUCUGUGACAACACCUGUUUCCGGGUCGCCUUGACAUAUUCAUUCUCCUCCGCUUCGUUGAACCAGCCACGGCGAAUCAUGUAAUGCUUCAGCUUGCUGAUCGGAUGCUCGACCGUGUUCCACACCUCCAGGUCUUCCGCCGGCCGGUACGCCGUGCUGUCGUCCGACGUCGAGUGAUGUGAAAUGCGGUAAGCCAUAGCCUCCAGUACGAUGGGCUUGUUCUCCCGCAGCACGUACUCGCGGGCCAGCUUCGUGGCGUUGUACGUUGCAAACACGUCUGUACCGUCGAACCGCAACGCCGCCAUGCCGUAGCCGCUCGCUCGGCCCGCAAUUCCAUCUCCCCGGUAUUGCUCCGUGGACGGUGUCGAGAUGGCGAAUCCAUUGUUCCGACAAAAGAACAUCACCGGACAGUCCAGUGUUGCGGCAAAGUUAAACGCCGCGUGAGUAUCGCCUUCCGAGGCGGCACCUUCGCCAAAGUAUGUCACCACGCACCGCUUAUUAUCCGGCUGCAACUUGAACGCGUACGCUGCCCCGGCCGCCUGCGGAAUUUGGGUUCCCAGGGGCGAGGAAAUAGUGACAAAGUUAAGCUUCCGCGAACCGUAGUGCACCGGCAUCUGGCGUCCCUUGCCCUCAUC